UGUUCUGAAGGUCACUGCCCACUGCAAGUUGCGUCGCCAAGUUUUUCUGCAAGGAAUUUUUAGGGGACAGUGAAUUGUAUACAUGAAGCUCAAGAUCUGAACCUGCUAUGACUGACCCAGACGUCCUCACUGAGGUCCCAGCAGCUCUCAAACGCCUUGCCAAAUACGUGGUGCGUGGCUUUUAUGGCAUUGAACAUGCUUUGGCUCUGGACAUUCUCAUCAGGAACCCCUGUGUGAAGGAAGAGGACAUGUUAGAGCUCCUUAAGUUUGAUAGGAAGCAGCUGAGGGCUGUCCUCAACACCCUCAAGGGUGACAAGUUCAUCAAAUGCAGGAUGAGGGUAGAGACGGCUCCAGACGGCAAAACCACCCGUCAUAACUACUACUUCAUCAACUACCGCCUUCUGGUUAAUGUGGUGAAGUACAAGCUGGACCACAUGAGGAGGAGGAUUGAGACGGAUGAAAGAGACUCCACCAAUCGCGCCUCUUUUAAAUGCCCCAUUUGCUUCAGCACUUUCACAGACUUGGAGGCCAACCAGCUGUUUGACCCCAGGACAG